AUGUUCUCACGUCUUGGAACGAGAGGAUUCAUGUCGAAAAUGCUGCUCAUUGAUCCAGACUGGCAGCACAAAGAUAAGGAGUUGCCCUCGAGAUUUGUGGUGAAGAUUCUCACUCAACUUGUGAUGCAGAAAAUAGGCGCUGAGAUGAACGAAACACAUGAUAUUGAUUUCGUAUUCAGUGAUCCAAAGUUCAUGGAACAGUUCGAAGCGAAGGCAAAGAGAGUACUGUAA